AUGUCUUGGGACGACGGUAAGCACGCGAAGGUGAACAAAGUUCAGAUUACAUACGAUGACGUCAUCUACUCAAUCCAGGUCACGUACGCCGGAAGCGCCCUUCAAUCUCAGCGUCGUGGCUCUGUUGGGCCCAAAACUGCCGAGUUCACUUUGGGUCCGGACGAGUACAUAACGGCUCUGUCUGCUUACGGCAAAACGCUGAGCACGCAAGACGUGAUAACAGCGUUGACUUUCACAACGAACAAGGGGACUUAUGGUCCUUACGGAAACAAAUCUGGUUACCAGAUUUCUGCUCCGGAAGGGACGGGUAAACAGAUCGCCGGUUUCCUUGGUACCAGCGGCAAUGUUCUCAACUCCAUCGAUGUUCACUACGCUCCCAUACCCACUGGAACCGGCGGAACUGGAACCGGCGGAACUGGAACCGGUGGAACUGGAACUGGAGGAACUGGUACGGGCGGGACUGGAACCGGAGGAACUGGUACUGGUGGAACUGGAACCGGUGGAACUGGUACUGGUGGAACUGGAACCGGUGGAACUGGUACGGGCGGAACUGGAACCGGAGGAACUUGUGGUACUGGCGGAACAGGAGGAACUUGUGGUACCGGCGGGACUGGAACCGGAGGAACUGGUACUGGUGGAACCGGAACCGGUGGAACUGGUACGGGCGGAACCGGAACCGGUGGGACUGGAACCGGAGGAACUGGUACUGGCGGAACUGGAACCGGAGGGACUGGAACAGGAGGAACUGGUACUGGUGGAACCGGAACCGGUGGAACCGGAACCGGUGGAACUGGCACGGGAGGAACUGGAACUGGUGGGUCAGGGACCGGUUCAGGAGCUGAAAAGUUGGAAGCACACGGUGGGACAGGAGGAACUGCAUGGGACGAUGGAUCCGAUCACGAUGGCCUGACAAAGAUAACAGUAAGAACAGGUGGCGCAGGAGUUCAAUACGUUCAGUUCGACUAUGUGAAAGCUGGACAACCGAAACAAGGAGCCCUCCGCGGUGUGCAAGGUAGCAGAGGUUCAACGCGUGAGAUUUUGAUUAACCAUCCAGACGAGCAUCUUGUUUCCGUCGAGGGUUGGUAUGAUUCAGCCAAUGUCAUCUUGGGAAUCCAGUUCAAAACUAACAAAAAGACUUCUGAGUACCUCGGCUAUGAGUUCGAUGGAAGUGGUACUAAGUUUACUCUCCAAGUUCAAGGCAAGAAGAUCAUCGGGUUUCACGGUUUCGCCAGCGACAAUCUCAAUUCCAUUGGAGCGUAUUUCAUUCCCGUGUCCUCCACCACCGACCCUUCUACCGUUCCCCAUAAGAAGCUUGAAGCUAAGGGUGGUGCAUCCGGAGCUGUGUGGGACGAUGGUGCUCACGACAAUGUUAAAAAGGUGUCUGUUGGACAAGGCCAAGAUGGUAUAGCAGCUGUCAAGUUUGAAUACAGAAAUGGUUCUCAAGUUGUUAUUGGAGCUGAACGUGGGACACCAACAUUGCUUGGAUACGAAGAGUUUGAGCUUGCAUCAGAUGAAUACAUAACCAUUGUGGAAGGCACCUACGACAAAAUCUUAGGUAGCGAUGGCCUAACAAUGCUCACUUUCAAGACUAACAAGAACAAAACAUAUGGACCGUACGGUCUCCAAGGUAGCACACGCUUUGAACUCAAGGAGGAAGGUCACAAGAUUACAGGGUUCCAUGGACGAGCUGGUGAUACUAUUACUGCUAUUGGAGUUUACUUAGCUCCAGUAGGCACCAUCCCUUUGACUCCCGCAACACAAACCAAGAAGCUCGAAGCUAAGGGUGGUGAUGGAGGAACAUCAUGGGAUGAUGGUGCCUUUGAUGGCGUAAAAAAGGUGUCUGUAGGACAAUCCAACGAUGGUAUAGGAGCAGUUAAGUUUGUGUACAACAAUGGUUCUUCUGAAAUCAUAGGAGGUGAACAUGGAAAAAGUACUCUACUCGGAUUCGAAGAGGUACUUACUUAGUUCUUGCCUUCUUUUCUUUUUCAUUUUCUUAAAUAUGUGGACUAGUUUCAAUUUGGUUUGUGUUACUUUGGUUGCAGUUUGAACUUAACUAUCCAAGUGAGUACAUCACGGAAGUACAUGGCACAUACGAUAAAAUCUUUGGGAGUGACUCCGCAAUCGUUACCCAGCUUACGUUCAAGACUAAUAAGCCAGCAACAUAUGGUCCCUUUGGGCUUACUGCUGGCACACCUUUUGAUCUCAAAGAGGAAGGCCACAAGAUCGUUGGGUUCCAUGGAAGUGCUGGUGAUCUGCUUCAUAAAUUUGGAGUCCAUGUCCGUCCCAUCACCAACUAAUUGUGGAGAUCUUGAAAUUUGUCACACAUGUGUGGUCUCUUUUGGGUUUUGCACAUUGAACUUUGAAUAAGCUGAUACUACUUCUUUUCUGGUUUCUGUUGUUUCAUCUCUUCAGUGUUUUCUUUGUGUUAUUGUUCUGUCUUUUGAUGGAUUUGUAUUCCAUUUUAAUAAAAGAAGCUUGUUCCAAU